UCCCAUCAACCGCUCGUUAGUAGUCGAUCGCCCAGACCUCGCCGGGCUUCGAAAACCUCCUCCCCCGUGGAGCCUUUGGCCCACCCGCCAUGCCGCUUGCAUUCGGACCAUGUCCGCCAUGCUGCUGGCCGCAGUCAGGCCCGCCUGGCAGGCGCGCUCGUCUCCCUCCUGGGGCAGGAUGCAUGCACACCGGGAGUCGCAUUGAUGGCGCAUGAACAUGGCUUCUGUGAGCUGUCGGUAAGUAGCAGGUACUCCAUGGUGCCCCUUCCUGGUCGUUGAGGAGUGUGUACAUGACGACAGCCAAGGGACGCGGCGUCGUCUAUUGCUGCCACACCCUCCCCGUCGACAUCAUCAACUACUAGUAUACAACAACCCACAACAGUGGCCUCGUCUCCCCUCCCCGCCCCUUUGCAUGAGCCGCAUCCCUCACCUCGUUGGCUUGGGCGCGUGUAUGACCUUUCGUCACUCCUCCGCAUUCUUCCCCUGACACUCCCCGUCCGGGACUGAGGACCACCUCCCUCCCGCAUUGUACUAAUAUCCCUCCCUCCGCACCCCAGGUUCUCUCCCGCUCUCUUGGUGGUAAUCGGAUCCUGUUUACGGCUUGUUCACGUCUGGGGUGGCAGGAUUCCGCAAGUAUCAGCAUCCCGCGCAUCACUUUCACGUCCAAGCCGUGACUCGGCUAGAGUCCAAGGCCAUCAUGUUGGGCACAAAAUCCAUCAAAGUUAAUGGCGCCGACUGCGGCUUCGAGGCAUUGCUACUCGGGGCCACGACCUCUCUCGGUGGCUUCCUUUUCGGAUACGACACCGGCCAGAUCUCGGGAAUGCUUCUCUUCAAGGACUUUGUCAGGCGAUUCGCACACCAUGUCGAGGGCGACAAGUACGAGUGGGAUCCUAUCAACAAAUCGCUCCUGGUGUCGCUCAUGAGCAUUGGGUGCCUCAUCGGCUCACUGUCAGGUGCCUAGUACGUCCACCUCGACCCUCGACAAAUAGCAUGCAUGAGGCCGAAUCAACGUUGCUGACGAUUACCCUCGGACAGCACUGCCGGCUGGUGGGGCCGUCGCAAGAGCCUGUCCUUUGGCGUGGCCGUCUUCAUCGUUGGUAACAUCAUCCAGAUCACGGCCAUGAACAGCUGGAUUCAUAUGAUGAUGGGCCGAUUCGUUGCCGGUCUAGGUGUCGGCAAUCUCUCCGUCGGUGUCCCAAUGUUCCAGUCUGAGUCGUCGCCUCGAGAAAUCCGCGGAGCUGUAGUCGCGUCGUACCAGCUCAUGAUCACCAUCGGCAUCCUCGUCUCCAACAUCAUUAACUACGGUGUCCGGACCAUUGAGGAGCAGGAUGCCUCGUGGCGCAUUGUCAUCGGCCUCGGUAUUUUCUUUUCUCUCCCCCUUGGCCUCGGUAUCUUGCUAGUGCCCGAGUCGCCUCGAUGGCUCGCGGCUCGUGGGGAUUGGGAUGGCGCACGAACAUCGAUGGCGCGCCUCCGCGGUCUCAAGCACGACGCCCACAACACCCUGGUGGAGAACGACCUCAAGGAAAUGCAAGACAUCCUUGAGAAGGAGCAGCGCGCUGGUCAUGGCACAUGGCUAGAGUGCUUCACCCCCCACAGCGGCAUCCCUAAGCUUGUCUACCGAACCUUUCUCGGCAUGGGCAUCCAUUUCUUGCAGCAGUGGACCGGCGUCAAUUACUUCUUUUACUACGGGGCUACCAUAUUCGAGUCGGCCGGUAUCGACGACCCGAUUCAGACGCAGAUCAUUCUCGGUGCCGUCAACGUCGCCAUGACCUUUUACGGCCUGUAUGUUGUGGAAAAGUAUGGUCGCCGGUGGCCGCUCUUCAUCGGCGCCGUGUGGCAGGCCGUGUGGCUGUUGGUCUUUGCCACUAUGGGGACGGCAAAGCCUCCGGGCACGGAUACAAACAAGACCAGCGGCAUCCUCAUGAUUGUGUCGGCUUGCAUGUUCAUCGCCUCGUUCGCUGGGACCUGGGGCCCCAUGGCCUGGGUCGUCAUAGGCGAGACUUUCCCCAUGCGCACACGGGACAAGCAGGCUUCUUUGGCUACGGCGGGCAAUUGGCUCGGAAACUUCAUGAUUGGCUUCCUCACCCCUCUCGCGACCGACAAGAUCCAUUACGCCUACGGCUUCGUCUUUGUGGGCACCAACUUUGCAGCCGCGCUCCUCGUCUGGUUCUUCCUCUACGAAUCUCGAACAUUGAGUCUUGAGAAUGUCGAUCUCAUGUACAGCCAGGACGGCCUAAAGCCUUGGAAUAGCUCCAAGUGGGUGCCGCCGGGCUACAUCACCAGAAAGCAGCGAGACGACGACUUUUUCGAUCGCAAGACUGUACAUCAACGGGGCGGAGAGAAGAACGCGGGCGACCCCAGCGACGCUGUGACGGAGGACCGGCGAGAGGUUGCCUAGUCGUUGGAUCAAGCAUGCAUUGUCGAGACUGCCUGGUUUGCGGUCCUGUAUAAUUGUACUGUAUCAAUAUUGCAUACGGCUUUGAGGUAGUUUACGACCCCUGGCUAGCGCUCUAGUCAUUGUUGGCCAAAAAACAAUGGUAUUAUGCUAUCG